AUGCCUAGGUUUCCUUUGCGACAUGCAGCAGCGCGAUUGCUUACUUCGCGGCCCAUCUCUAUCAAUGCACGACCUCGAAGUUUCACCUUCGUCUCAGUGCCAUUGAGACAAUCGAGAUUAGCCGCGCCAACCCAGUUCCAGCGCAGAUGGGCGACAAGCGAAGCUGAAGCAAAAAAGGAGGAGGCUCCUAUCUCGCAGUUACAACCUACACCGGAGGAGGAGGUUGAGAAUGCAAUUCAUGAAAAUGGCCUAAACAAUUCUGCGGGCUCUGCCGCUCCUUCGAAUUCGGACGCAAGCAGGGCAACACAAAUCGCCGAAACUGCCAACGCCACCGAGGCCACAGACGACAUCACCACUACUGCCACAGAAUCGAGACCUGUUCGGGAUGCUGUUGACUCGCUUAGAGGCGCGGCCUCCAGCUUGACUGAAGGCCUUAGCGAACAACCACGGCCGAGACGAAGCGACAUAACAGUUGCUAAAGACCCUCCGACGCCCAAGGCCACUGUCUACGUCGGUAACCUAUUCUUCGAUGUUACAGAAAACGACAUCAACAAAGAGUUUGGUCGCUUUGGGCCGAUCAAGCAGGCCAGACUCAUUCGAGAUUCUCGGGGACUAAGCAAAGGCUUCGGUUAUAUCGAGUAUGAGACUACCGAGCAGGCACAAGCAGCCAUUGACGAUAUGCACCAACAGCUGUUCGAAGGUCGCCGGCUAAUGGUGAACUUCGCCCACAGCGAUGCUGCUUCUCCUAAACGAGGAGGCAGCAGUGAGCCAGUCAACUCGCCGACCAAGACCCUCUUCGUGGGCAACAUGUCCUUCGAGAUGACAGACCGUGACUUGAACAAUCUUUUCCGAGGUAUUCGAAACGUCAUUGAUGUUCGAGUUGCUAUCGAUCGAAGAACUGGUCAACCUCGAGGCUUUGCGCAUGCUGAUUUUGUCGAUGUCAAGAGCGCUAUGGAAGCAUUGAAGGUACUCAACGGAAAGGAAACCUACGGCAGAAAACUACGAGUUGACUACUCAUUUGGACCAAGCAGCGCUCCACGGAACACCCCAAGGUGA